AUACCGCGCGACGCAGCGCCUGCCAGUGACGUCGUGGGCUGCAGCGCAGCGGCACCCAACGCAGUGAGUGUACCUUGACCUCCUGCGUGGCCUCGUCCCUGGCCUUAGUUCCACCGGGCAGCGGGAGUCAGGACCGCCUGUCCUCAGACCCCUCCGCAGCGACUGUGGCGGCCGCAGUCUAGCAGGAAAGGAGAGGGAGCUUUCCCCGAAGACCCUCCUGGACCAGCCCCAGGCUCCUGUGCUGGCGGUUCUGAGAAGUCCAAGGGUUGCUGGGAGAGGUUGCACGCCAGGGCCUGUACUGACCACCUCCACGUGCCACUGGGGCUGUAAGGAGGAAUGGCGGCCGUGGGCAGCCUGCUUGGCCGGCUGAGGCAGAGCACCGUGAAGGCCACCGGACCUGCACUCCGCCGCCUGCACGCAUCCUCCUGGCGAGCUGACAGCAGCAGGGCCUCACUCACUCGUGUGCACCGCCAGGCUUAUGCACGACUCUACCCCGUGCUGCUGGUGAAGCAGGAUGGCUCCACCAUCCACAUCCGCUACAGGGAGCCACGGCGCAUGCUGGCGAUGCCCAUAGAUCUGGACACCCUGUCUCUUGAGGAGCGCCGGGCCAGGCUGCGGAAGCGUGAGGCUCAGCUCCAGUCGAGGAAGGAGUACGAGCAGGAGCUCAGUGAUGACUUGCAUGUGGAGCGCUACCGACAGUUCUGGACCAGGACCAAGAAGUGACCGUGGCUCCAGCCACCCCGGGACAUUGCUAAGAUGGGAGGGCUGUUCUUAAAUCACUCGUUCUUGAAGCUGC